UCUGUUCAAUCAACUUGCCGCUUCGGCGCACUCAUCAAGGGCAUUAUGUCUAUCCCAGAGUACACCGAGGUUCUUGUCAUCGGUGGUGGUCCGGCCGGCUCGUAUGCAGCCUCGGCCUUGGCUCGAGAGGGUAUUGAUACUGUCCUGCUUGAGGGCGAGAAAUUUCCUAGAUAUCAUGUGGGUGAGAGUAUGCUUCCGUCUUUGCGCCACUUCUUCAGAUUUGUGGACCUUGACUCGACUUUCGUGGCUCAUGGCUUUUACAAAAAGAUCGGUGCAGCAUUUGUGUUGAACAACAAGGAGCCAGCAUAUACCGACUUCAUUGGGCCCGGUGGCCCAGAAGGCUAUUCCUGGAACAUUCUUCGCUCUGAGGCCGACGAUCUUAUCUUCCGGCACGCAGGGAAGUCCGGAGCGGCAAUCUACGACGGUGUCAGGGUCACUGAUAUCGGAUUCGCAGACCAUGAAGGCCCCAGUACUGCCAGCGAAAAGACGCGGGACCCCGGAAAACCCAUAUCCGCGACCUGGACGCGCAAGGCAGAUGGCACCUCAGGCACUAUUGACUUCGAUUAUCUUAUUGAUGCUAGUGGUCGCACGGGCAUUAUGAGCACAAAGUACCUCAAAAAUCGGCAGUUCAAUCAUCAGCCGGGUCUUAGGAAUGUUGCUAGCUGGGGCUACUGGACGGGUGCCGGACGUUACGGCAUCGGUACACCGCAGGAGGGCGUGCCUUACUUUGAGGCACUGUCAGAUGGCAGUGGUUGGGCCUGGUUCAUCCCUCUCCAUAACGGUACCACAUCUGUCGGGGUAGUUAUCGAUCAAGAGGUCGCCACCCGCAAGAAAAAAGAGAUGGGCUCUCCAGGCAGUAAGCAAUUCUACCUAGAGGUGCUGAAAUCCGCGUCUAGGAUGCUUGAGCCGAUGAUUAAGGAUGCCACGCUUGUCUCCGACAUCAAAGCCGCGUCCGACUGGUCGUACAGCGCCUCGUCCUAUGCAAGCUAUAACACACGCAUUGUCGGAGAUGCUGGUAGCUUCAUUGACCCUUUCUUCUCAUCAGGUGUUCAUCUCGCUGUAUCCAGUGGGCUUUCCGCUGCCGCAACCAUCUGUGCCUCGAUCAAGGGCCAAUGCAGCGAAUAUGAGGCUUUAGAAUGGCAUUCGAAACGUGUUGCUCGAAGUUACACACGCUUUCUCCUAAUAGUCCUGAGCGCUCUGAAGCAGAUGAGAGAGCCGGACCGAGCCGUACUUAGUGAUCCAGACGAGGCGGGGUUUGCUCGUGCAUUUGAUCAUUUCCAAUCCAUCAUCCAGGGCAUUGCCGACGUCAAUGCAGUGGGAACUCAAGAGGAAGUGCGCAACGCCGUUGACUUUUCCUUCACGGCGUUUGUGUCACCAUUGGAUCUAGCAAAGCGUGACACUGUCUUGAGAAGGGUUGAGUCUCUCAAGGCGGCUGGUGGUGAGCAAGACAUGGAGAAGCUCCAUUCGUAUCUCUCCCAGGAGGAGCUGGAAAUACUUGAGUCCUUACGUGCGAAAAAGACGGCGCUCAAGGCGGACAUUAUUAAUGUGGACAGUUUCACCUCGGACACAAUUGACGGCCGUUUUAUCAACAUGGUGCAAGGCUCUCUUGGUCUCGAAGCUGUGGAAUAAACAUCAUGACUUGAUUCGGGUCGGAUUCGAAGUGAUGCCUG